AGGAAGACACUACCGGAAAAACGUGGUAACUAUAGAGACGCUGUCGGAAGUUAGGGUUGCUAGGAAGUCUGGGCGCGUUGGCUAAACUGUGUAAUGUCUGAAGUCUCAGAAGAUUACUAUUCUGACCCAGAUGAAAAUGAGAAGCCAGAACCUAAGAUACCUGAAAUGCCAGGACUUCGUAAAUUGUACGAAGAUGCUGAACCGUACACCAUCGCAGAGGCAGGCGCGGAGCUGCCCUCAGAGACUGACCAAGAGCCACAGCCACUGGUGACUGGGGAAAAGGACUUUAAAGAGGAGAAGCCAGAUAAUGAAAAGAAUGUACAGCUGGAACCAAACUGGGCACCUAAGGAAGAAAUUCCCAAGGAAGCCCAAAUCGACCUAUUUAUUCAAGCCGAACCAGGUAUCCCCCAAGUAUUGAAGUCAGAGACACUGGGAGAAAAGGGAGGCAAGUUUUACAAGGAUUUGAAGGUCCCUGUGGAUGAAAUGGGUAAGGAACCAGACCUAGAGCCACCAGAGGAGGCUAAACCAGGUAUGACAGAAUGGGCUACAGAAAUAGAUAUACAGCUACCAGGGGGAACCAAAUAUGAGGUUUUAUGGGCCACUGCCAGUGAGACAAGAUUAGAGUUACUAGAGGGGACUGAACAGGAGGUUCCAGAGGAAUCACUUAGAGAGGAAUGUGAAGAAACAGACCUAGAGCCUCCAGAGCAAACCGAACCAGAUUUUGCAAGUGAGAAAUCAAGAAAAUCAAUUGAAGAGGUAGAUCUUCAGUUACCAAAGAUGACCAAACCUGAGAUUCCAGAGGAAACACAAAAUGAGUCAACUGAUAAGAAAAAGACAAAGCCACCUAAGCAGAUUAAUCUAGAGUUUCCAGACCAGAAACCAAAAAUAUCUUCUGAGAAAACACACUUACAGCCUCCAGAAGAGACUAAACCAGAGGUUCCAGAGGAGAUGAAAAGAAAGUCAAUUGAGGAGAUAGGAAGAGAGCCAUCUGCACAGACUAAACCAGAGUUUCCAGACUGGAAAACAAGAAAGUCAACUGAGGAGAAAGUUCCAGAGCCACUGGAAUCAGAGUAUCAUGAGGAAGAAUCAACAAAACCAGUUGUCCAAACAAGUCUAGAACCAUCAGAGAAGACUACAUCAGAAGUUCCAAAGGAGACAAAAAGGUCAGAUGAAGAAAAGAUUCCAGGAACACCAAAAGAGACUGGUUUAGUACAGCUACAGGAGAUCAAACCAGAUGUUGAAGAGGAAACACAAAGAGAGUCAAUUGAGGAGAAAGCUCCAGAGCCACUAGAGGAUACUAAACCAACAGAUCAAAAAGAGAAGCAAAGAAAAUCAAAUGAGAAGAUAGGACUAGCACUGCCAGAGAAGUUCGAAUCAGAGGAAACACUGAGAAACUCAGCUGAGGAGAAAGGCCUGGAGCCACCAGAACAGGCUAAAUUGGAGUUUCCAGAGGUGGAACCAAGAAAACCAACUAAGGAAACAGGUCAAGUGCCACCACAGAUGAUCAAACCAGUUCUAGAGAAGAGAAAAACAGAGUCAACUGAGGAGAAAAAUCUGGAGUUACCAUAUGAAGCCAAAUCAAGAGAAACACGUAUAGAAUUUUCUGAAGAAAACAGGCCAGAGUCAGUAAAAGAAACUGACAAAAUUAGAAACAACUAUACAGUAGGCUUUCACAGAGGAAGUAAAAUAGACUUAGUUAGUGUACAUUAUGAGAAUUCUCAAAAAAUCUCAAAACUGUUUCAGCUUGAUGAUUUCAGUGAAUACUCAAACUCACAUUUCUCAGAGUCUCAAAUGGAAUUAAAAGAGUCCUUUAAUGAGAAGAAAGUUGUAGAUUUGUCUCAAGAGUUGGAGGAACUGGUACCUAAAGAUGAAGAAUCCAGGCCCCAAAAAAGGAUGGAGCCACAAUUUGAGUUUCUCAAAUGGAGCCCAGAAGAGGUUGCAGAGUGGAUUAGCCAUUUAGGCUUCCCUCAAUACAAGGAGAGUUUUACCACAAACUUCAUCAGUGGCAAUAAACUCAUCCAUGUAAACUGCUCAAACCUCCCUCAGAUGGGGAUAACAGAUUUUGAGCAUAUGAAGGUAAUUUCUCGGCAUACGAGGGAGCUACUGGGAAUUGAAGAGCCAUUAUUCAGGCACACCAUCAGACUUCCCUACAGGGACAAUGUUGGCUUAUUUUUAGAACAAAAAAGUCAUACCAGGGUAAAAUGUGACUCCUUGACCUUUUCUGAAUUUGUUAAAGCAGCAGGAUUACAGGACUACGCUCCAUAAAGAAUUCCCUGAACAGAAGGAGGCAUUACAUUGCACUCAAUUACAGAGGAGAAAGAGCCAUAUCACUUACCUUGAAAGAGCAAACUAAAUUACUUAGGGAAAGAGGUGUGGUCUCUUUGGAGUUUUCUUUUUUUUCUUUUCAAUAAGGAUCAGAGGCUGGACAUGGUGCCACAUGCCUGUAAACCCAGCACUCAGAAGUCUGAGGCAGGAAGAUCGCCUCGAGUUUGAGGCCAGCCUGGCUACACAGUGAAUUCAAGACCAGCCUGAACUACAUAGUGAGACUCUGUCUCAAAAAAAGGGAUUAGAGGGUCAGAUUUAGCUCACUGGUUUCGCCGCCUGCUGUGCAAGCACAAGGACCUGAGUUCGGUCCCCAGUACCAAAAAAAAAAAAGAGGGAUCAGAGAACUGCUGGGUCCAUUCCUAGUUCUUCCUUUACUCAUGGCAUCUUCCCUUUAUUUGUAUUUCAGUUUAGCCCUUUAUUAAAGAGCAAUUCUUUUCUUUCUGGGUAAUUGGAAGAAUUAUUGAUAAAUUCUAGUAAUACACUUGGUGGUAGAAAUAUGUUGGGAAAAUAUAAUUAAAAAUAAAAUCACCUGCCAGCCCAAAUAAUACAUUCCACAAAUGUAGAAAAGAAUUCUUUUUUUCUUCCUUUUGGUACCAGGGAUCGAACUCAGGACCUUGUGCUCUCGAGGUAGGCGGUAGAACCACUGAGUUAAAUCCCCGGCAAGAAGUCUUUUGUUAUUGAAUAAGCAUUAAACUGUGAUGCAUGCAGCAGACAAGCUACUAAAUAGAUUUCAAAGACAAAGAAAUCUCACUCUUUAAAAUAUCCAGAUACAUAUAUCCUUUACAUAUGUAUGAAUUAUUCAGCCCCACGGCCAUGGGGUAGUGUAGAGCCAUGGCUGCUGCUCUUCAAUGGCUGCUGCAGCAGAAGCUAUUAAUGGCUGAUUUCUUGUCAGAUGGAAUCUCAGUGUUGUUUUAAUUUGCAUUCACGAAUGACCAGUGAUGUUGAACAUUUUUUCAUAUAUUUAUUUGCCAUUUCUAAUUCUUCAUCUGAGAAGUGUCUUUUCAUUUUAGAUGCCCAUU